CCACUCGGAAGCUCUCCCCUGUUACAUCAUGCCGUAUACCCCUUCCCGGAAGAUCAAAUUUUCCAAAUUUUGAUGUGGCUGAGACCGUGAAAAUGUAGUAUAAAUAUGUGGCAUAACUCCCUCAGGGAGCGGUCUUCCUCAGUCAAGAGUUAUCAAAUCUCCAAUCAGCUCUCCUGUCUGGCCACAUCGGCAAAGCAUCCCCUCUUUACUGACAGGAUCGAUACAUCAAUCAAUAUGGAGACCCCCUACUCCACACGGACCAACACGGCUGCCACUAGCCGGACAGUAUCUGUGGGAUCUGGCUCCGGACAAGCUGAUUACCUCGACCUCCCCGUUCGUGCACUGAAUGAUGAUGCCGAUCUUCGCGAAUAUACGACUGAGACACGGACCGGCGAAAUUAUCAAGCCAGUCAAGUCAAAGGUCGAUGGUCAACUGGAAGACUGGAAACUGGUCACCUUCACUCUCAAUGAUCCCGAGAACCCAAAGAACUGGUCGAAGGCCUACAAAUGGUACUGCACCAUGGUCGUCGCCUUCACCUGCUUCGUCGUCGCAUUCUGUAGUAGUGUCAUUACAGCUGAUUUAGAAGGACCAAUGAAGGACUUCCAUGUGGCUCGUGAAGUCAGUCUGCUCGUUGUCACUGUAUUCGUCAUUGGAUUUGGUGUUGGACCUAUGGUCUUUGCUCCACUAUCAGAGAUGGUUGGACGACGACCAGUAUAUGCUGUUACACUUCUCAUUGCCUUCGUCUUCGUCAUCCCGUGUGCUGUCUCUAAGAACAUUGGUACAUUGAUUGUUUGCCGCCUGAUUGAUGGCAUUGCAUUCAGUGCGCCGAUGACCCUCGUCGGAGGUACUCUCGCAGAUCUUUGGAGAAAUGAAGAGCGAGGUGUCCCAAUGGCUGCAUUCAGUGCUGCGCCUUUCAUUGGUCCUGCAAUUGGCCCUCUGGCUGGUGGUUUCCUUGGUGACAACUGCGGUUGGCGCUGGCUGUACUGGCUCCAGCUGAUUUUGUCCUUCGUUGCCUGGGUUUUGAUCACCUUCACCGUCCCCGAGACCUAUGCACCAAUCUUGCUGAAGAAGCGAGCUGCGAAAUUGCGCAAGACCGAGAACGAUCCUAAGUAUACUACCGAAACCGAGCUCGAUCCUCGUCCACUGGGUCAGAAGCUUCGGAUCUUCCUCUUCCGACCUUUCCAGCUGCUCUUCUUGGAGCCCAUUGUCUUGUUCAUUUCUCUGUACAUGUCAGUACUGUACGGCCUGCUCUACAUGUUCUUUGUUGCCUAUCCCAUCGUAUACCAAGGUGGUAAGGGCUGGUCCGCCUCAAUGACCGGUCUCAUGUUCAUUCCUUUGGCUCUUGGUGUGCUCAUGAGCGCUGCUUGUGCUCCCUUUGUCAACAAACACUACCUCAAAAUUUCCGCGGAAUACGGUGGAAAGCCUCCAGCUGAGAAGCGUCUGAUUCCCAUGAUGUUUUCUUGCUGGCUCAUUCCUAUUGGCCUAUUCAUCUUUGCCUGGACCUCGUACCCUCAUGUCCAUUGGAUCGGUCCCGCAAUCGGCGGAUGGCCUGUCGGGUUUGGCUUCAUCUUCUUGUACAACUCUGCCAAUAAUUAUCUUGUUGACACUUAUCAACACCAAGCCGCUUCCGCUCUGGCAGCCAAGACCUUCAUUCGCUCCAUGUGGGGUGCGUCUACCGUCCUGUUCACUGAGCAGAUGUAUAGUCGCCUUGGCUACCAGUGGGCCAGUUCUCUUCUCGCUUUCCUUGCCCUGGCAUGCUGCGCGAUUCCUUAUGUGUUCUACUUCAAGGGCGCAUCCAUUCGGCGUUUCUCCAAAUUUGCCUUCAGCGAUGAUGAGGAGCAGCAAGGCGAGAAGGCUUAAUUUCAAUGACAGCCUGCCCAGAAACAUUUAUGAUUUGAGAAUUCAACGAUGUGUCAUCGAUGUUUCCAAAACAAAACGCCGUCGAGGUACUACCAUUGGCAAUAUUUGCCAUUUCUUUUUCUUCCCGCCGCUUAUUUUUCUCGUCGAGCGGACAACAUGUUGAAGCGGUUCUUUAUGGCGUUGAUGGUUUUAUCAUGACAUGGAAAUGCUUACAUAUAAAAAUUUAGACAUAGACUCAUAUUCUUAUAGUGAUUAAAAUAUAAUGUAUUCAAAAUCAAAAAUUUGUCCAUACCGCG